UACUGCAUGUGACUAACUGGUGUUUCUGCUUUGAACAGACUUCAAGAAGCAGCUAAUGGGACGGAUGUUCUGCAACUUGACUAACUCUGAUGUGUGUGUGUGUGUGUGUGUGUGUGUGUGUGUGCGUGCGUGCGUGCAUGUGUGUGUGUGUUCGUUCCUACAGACUUUGAAGAGCAGCUGUAUGACACCAAGUUAACAGGCCAGACGUUCCGCCACCCCACAGUGUCUUCCCAGAGUUCUGACGAUACGUCCACCACCCUGAGUCGUUCCCCUAUCUCCCUCAACAACAAGAGACCUGAAUUCAUCUUCCUGCCGGCGUCUAAGAGGCAGGUGUGUGAGGAGGAUGAUACCUCCUCAGUAGGAAUCAAUAGGGGUGUAGACCAGUCCCCUCUCCAUCACCCUGUGGUUCAGAUCGCCCUCUGGUGGUGUGGAGUAGUACCUCUCUAGGACCCCCGUGGCCGAGAAACCCCGCUGGCACCUGGGACAACGGACACCCGCUCACCUGCUGCCCUCGACGUCACAGGUGAGGGUAAAAUCCUGGGCGUAGACCUCCUCCAGGGCUCCUGUUCCCCCUCUCUGUCCGUGGGCUGCGGCGUCACCGGUCAGCCCCGGUCUCUGGAGCCCGUCUCAGACACCCCUGUCCAGCACCUUACCCUGAGGAAGACCCACAGUGACCUGGAGCCCAGCCUCAGCCUGCCCCAGUCCCCCCGGAUGCCCCCUCCUACUCUGGGCACCAUGGACCACUCUGCUACCCUUCUCUGCUCCAACUCCCCGUCUCAGUCCUGGAACGGCCCUAAAGGCUCUACCUUCUCUCCUGGAGUCUGGAGUGAGGCCUAUAGUUAUAAUUUAGCUCCCAAUCUGCUAGGGAAGGGACCGGCAACCAUGCCCAAAACGGUGGGGAUGGUUGGGGGGGUAGGGGGGCAGGGUGGAGGGUUGAUGUGCCCCUCUCAGACCAGUUUGGGACUCUCCGGGAGCUCGGGGUCACAGUCUCACUCUAGUUCGUUCACGUUGAUAUCGGAGCCGUCCGGUCUCAGGCACCCGGUAACCAUGGUUAUGAUGACGGGGAGGCGGAGCGAGACAGAGGGCGCGGCGGCUAGCCCCGCAGGGGGACAGAUGGGGUCAGAAAGAGGGGUGGGAGGAGGAGAAAGGGGGGAGAGGUCGGCACAUUCCAUCGCUGCGGCCAACGCAUUCAAGUUCCGCGAGCGCUCUCUCUCCACGCCGACAGACUCCGGUUCGUUCUGCUCCACAGAUAACGUCAGUGGCGGGAUGUACAGUGUCACAGGAGCCGGUAACGGGACGAACGGGGGUGUUCCAACAGAAAUGCACAGCCACCACCACUAUCAGCUCCGUGGUGAGAGCGGGGAGAGCUACGCCCUCCUGUAUCCCAGCGGGAGCUCCGAGGACGGUAGCGCCAGCGUCGACAACAUCUCCGUAACCGACGGCAACUUCCCCCAGGACGAUCGCCUACGGUUACGCUCUCGCUCCAUCUCGCUAAAGAAGUCCAAACACAAACCCCCUCCGCCCGUCCGGAGCGUCUCGCUCAUGAAGAAUUUAGGGGACGCCGAUGGGCGUGUGCACGGCCGUGACAGGGGUCACUACAGGGAAGGACGCCCCAAAUCCCUCCACAUCCCACGGGAACACCUCCAGGACUUCCAGCCAGACUUUCUCCUACCUGCCUCCUCCUGCCUCUCCAAGCCUGAUCUGGAGGAUCCCGAGCUGGGCUACGGCGGGAUGGACGGGCCCCCUGGCCUGGAGGUCCAGGGACCCAGCAACACAGAGCUGUCCUCCCCAGCCCACUGGCAGCUGGGGGAGUGGAAGUCUUCUGAUCCCUACCAGUCAUGGUCCGGGUCUAGCACCGCCACAGGGACUACUGUCGUAGACUGUAUGAAGGUUCGAGGCAGUUCAGAGUCUCUCCUGGAAUCCCCGUCUACCUCCCGAGCCUCCUCUCCCUCCCUCCUCUCCAUCGAGUCGACCAAAGCCUCCUCCCCCUUCAAGCCUCCAGGACUCAUGUCUCCUUCCAGCGGCUACUCUAGCCAAUCAGAGACACCCACGCCCAUCACCCCCUCCAAUCAGGUCGCAGGAACAACACAAGGGCCCGCCUCCACAUUGGGGUGUAAGAUGCGCCCCAAAAUCCCUGAGAGGAAGUCUUCGCUGCCGGUGACCUCGCCGCGUGACCCAGCCGCCCGGUCGAGGCUUUCCUUCGAGAUGCCGGUUAACGCUCAUCUAGACUUGUCCUCCAUCAAACCGAAACAGAAGGCCAGCAGGCGUCAUUCUGACACAUCCACUGCAGCCAAGCCCGGUAAACUGAGUUCCGGCAGUCAAUCAUCUCUCCCCGUGGUGACCACGAACGAGAUCCGGAACAUCCGCCUGCGUUCCGUCUCCCGUACUGACCUGGAGGACUUCCCAGACGGAGCCUCUGAUGACAUCAUCGAGGAGGAGCAGGGUCUUGACCUUUCCCCCCCGCCUGUCCACCUUGGUGUCAACUCCAUCGGGCCCCUAGUUCCCUCCAAACCCAAGCCUCUGGUCGCGGUGAAACCCCCGUUACCCAAACGGCCCUUCAACCUCCUCCUCAAGUGCCCCUCCUCCUCCCCCAUUGCCUCCGACUCCCCCCCUGCCUCCCCCAUUGACCCUACCCGGCCCAUGCCCAACCCCAGCAUUUACAUGGUGGUAGGUAGGAAGCCCAAGCUGAAGAAAGCCUUCCCUCACACCCCCACCAGUCCCUUUAGACCCCAGGAACAUCCCCAAACCUUCCCCCUCCACUACCCCCAGAGCCUCUACGAUGCCCCCUCCUUCCCCCACACCCAGUCCCUGUACGAUCUGCCUCCUCUCCCCCUGCCCCAGCCCCUCCUGGAGGAUCCCUCCAUGGAGCCGGAGUUCAACCCUGACUUGGAGCUCCGUCUUGGGCCUGAGGAUGGAGGGUCUCUCCCCUCUCCCUGCAGUAACCAGGAAGUGCUGGAGACUCAGGAUAAGAGCACGUCUCUACCUAGCAGGAUGACCAUAUCCUGUCUGGCUGAAUUGGACAAGAAGAAACCCAAGGUUCCUCCACCAGUUCCCAAGAAGCCCAACAGUCUCCUUUUCCCCUCCAUCUCCACCACGGUGCAUUCCAACGGUACCACCGACAGACAGGGAACACAGAUGGACGGCCCAGCCGCUCUCCGCUCUCCUGUUGGAGCGUUCCCACCUGAGGAGAUUCCCGGUAAAGAGGAAAACCAGGAAAACCACCUGGGAACAGAUGAGGAGAGCUCAAUGGAGUCUUCAUUGCAGGAUUGUUCUCUUACAGACCUGGAAGGGAGGAUGGCCACUGUAGAGAUAGGGACAGGUGAUGAUGCAGUGGAGGAGAACUUUGAGCAGAGUAGUUUGGACUUUAGUGUUAAAACGGAACUCCACAUCACAGAGGAAACGGAUGAUGAUGUCGGUGGACACACACCCAACACACCCAACAUGGAGGACCUCUUCACCAAAAUACACAGGUACGCCAACAAACACACCCAACACACACAACAUGGAGGACCUCUUCACCAAAAUACACAGGUUGGGCCAAUGAAGUGUCGUCCGCGAGCUGGACCGCAGGUGGAGCCCAGGUCAGGUUGGAGGUCCCCCCCCACUGUGCUUGUGCUUCACUGGGGAGACCAGACUCUGGCGGCUACUCGAAUGAGUCCCCUGUUCUUUACGACCCAGACUAUUAUCUCUUUCGACUGA